GGUCAACGUUGUGCGUCGGGUUGUGUCGGAGCCACCCGCCACCGUCACAAAAUCUCACAUUGAUUUGUCACACCACACUAACGCUUUUCGAAGUUUCCUCAUCGUCGUUUACGACGCUGGCCCGCUGUCUUAUAGUGAUAGCCGAUAUCGAGUGAAUUUUGCGAUCCCACACAUAGUCUAGUCCAGGCCCCACUUGGAGGAGCCUUACUAUUUCCACUAGUUAGGACUACUCAUAAUUCUCCUGAUCAUGGAUGAGCUCAUGCAUCGUUGUCUCCGAGUUUUCAUUCGACGGCGAUCUUGGUUGUAACGUUUCCCACUUGCAAGAUUUUAUCGUAGGAUUUUUCAGUCACGACGCGGCUACCCACCCGCAGGUCGUCGACGAUGCUUUUUGCGCGUUUGUCUGGUCUACAGUUGUCCAGCAGCAGGCCGCUAUCCGCGUUGGUGCAGUUCCUUUGGGCGUAUCAUCCGAAGUGCAUAUCACUCCUCACACGAGCGCAAAGCGUGAGGUGGCAACUAAGGGCGAGGUACUUGUCGAAGAAGCCCCACCGUCAUUCACUCUCGUUGAAAAUGCAUGCGAAGGUUCAUUCACAAUGCGACCUGUGACGGAUCUCACUGGAGCGCGGAUAUCAGUCACAGGUAACGUUUUGGACAUAUCCAAGCCACGGAGUGUCUGGUCAAAACAAUUCGGGGACCUCCUGGAAUCCAAACUCGCUCCGUUAAAGCUCACGAGCGACACCUUUAGUGAAUUGGGGAAAAAUCCUGCAAUCAAGGCCACUGUGGUCAGCUUGCCAACGAUCGAAAGCUCGUUUGUCGACCGCACUACGAAAGUAAUACGAGCCUUCGAUCAUCCUGAAUUUUCCGCUCCCCGGGUAGCGCUCGAGGUUCUCAAUGCUGUAGAAAGCGGCUUCCUCUGGGUAGGUGAACUCAUUGUAAGCAGAACCGAAUCUUGCUUGUUGCAUGUAUUAUCGUUAGGAAUAAGGGCUGGCGCUGCCGCCGUUAUGAUAAUGGUUAUUAAUUCUCACGGGAUCAAAAAUUGGGAACAGUCACAAUUAUGGCUGAUAUUGGUAUGUACAAACUAAUAAUAUGUUGCUCGAACUAGGUGCCCCCGCCCUCGUCUUCCUUCUCGUCGGCUUCCUCGCUACCCAUAGCCGUACGUCGCCGACCACGACGAGCGCACGCUGUUUGUCGGCGCCAAGCUGAACACGGGCGUAGAUAGCAGGGGUUAUGGGAGAUGAGGAACCGAUCGUGUUCGACGAGAGCCCUGCUCCACUAAUGUUGGGAGUCGCGGGUGUGGUAUGUAUAUGUAUAGGUACUUGGGAUGUCAUAUAUAAAAUAAGUUAUUAAGAGUUAUUAGAUUAUGCUGGGGAGCUUGAAGGUAAUGGUCCGGAUGGAGCAUAUUUCGACUUGAAUCUCAAUAUUGGUCCAUAUCUGCUUCAACGUUAGCCCAACAUGACGCAGCAUAGACUUG